UCUCUUCUAACUCUUCUUCCCCAAUCCAGAGCUUGAAUCUGACUUUAAUGGGAGUCUGAGAGCAAGCUUUCCAUCUCAGCCGUCCAUCUAUCAUCUCUUCUUCCAAUGGCCGUUGAUCUGAUCGGAUACUCGACGAUGCAAGAUCAGAUGGCGAUCCAAGAGGCCGCGUCAGCGGGUUUGAGGAACAUGGAGCAGCUGAUCUUUAUGUUAUCUCACCAGAACAAUCACAACAAAAGCCCCGUGGAUUGCAGGGAAAUUACAGAUUCUACCGUCUCCAAGUUCAAGAAGGUAAUAUCGAUCUUGAAUCGGACCGGACACGCCCGGUUCAGGCGCGGGCCGGCUUUGCCGCCGGCUCAGGCCCCGAUCCAGACGCCACAGACUCAAACCCUAACCCUAAAUUUCACAAAGCCGAGCCCUAAUCCCAACCCCGCCGGGGAGGUUGCGACGAGCCAGUUCCCGCCGGUGGCCAAGGAGACCUUCAGCAUCUCGCCGCCGAUGUCGUCCGCGAACUCGUCGUUCAUGUCGUCUAUCACCGGAGAUGGGAGCGUCUCGAACGGGAAGCAGGGAUCUUCGCUCAUGCUGGCGCCGGCGCCGGCCGUUUCUGCCGGAAAGCCGCCGCUUUCGUCGUCCUACAAGAAGAAAUGCCACGGUCACGGUCACGGGCACUCCGAUGAUAUCUCUGGAAAAUACUCAGUCUCCGCCAGCAGCCGCUGUCAUUGCACCAAGAGAAGGAAAUCUCGCGUGAAGAAGACGAUCCGAGUUCCCGCGAUAAGUUCGAAAAUGGCCGAUAUACCGCCUGACGAGUUCUCGUGGAGGAAAUACGGCCAGAAACCCAUCAAAGGGUCCCCUUACCCAAGGGGCUAUUACAAGUGCAGCAGCUUACGUGGCUGCCCGGCGAGGAAGCAUGUGGAGCGAGCGCCGGACGAUCCGUCGAUGCUGAUCGUCACCUACGAGGGCGAGCACCGUCAUUCCCAAACUGCCCUUCCCGAGGCAGGAAAUCUCGUGUUCCACCCGUGAAAUAUGGGGAGAGAAAAGGAGUACAAUUAUGUAAAAUCGGGGAGUUUUAGGGGUAUUAUUGUAAAUUUAAACGGCAGCGACGGAAUCCAACGUCUCUUAAUGAGUUUAUCAUUUUUUUUCUCACUUACUGUAAUCUAAAUAGAUUUGAUUCUUUCUUUUGAAAUCGUGUCCCGCGGGAGUUUGUCGUUUGCUGCACCUAUGAAGUCAACAGAGCGAAAAAAAAAAAGAAAAAAAGAAGUAAGACAGAGAGGUUGGGGUUGUUGGGUGGUGGGCCCGGGAUGUAAGUAUUCUGGGAGAAGUGGUCAAAAGACAUGAUGGUGGUGGGGCCCACCCAACAUUUGUCUUGUAGAGGGAGUUUGAUGAGGAUUCUUUCUUUUAUAAGGUGGUGGGGCCCACCUCUUUUGUCUUGAAUUGGCUGCCGCGACUUUGAGGGGUGAAAAGAUGGGGCAGGUGGGGAGUGGGCCAUGACGCAGACGUUUUGCUGUAAUACUACGCAGGAAGACAAAAGGAGAGAGGACGUAUGAUGUUGAGAAGAUGGACUUCAUGCGAGUAUACUUGCAUUAUAUUAUUUAUUAAAUGAUCGAACGGUUUUCCAAGUCAAAAGGAAGAAUAAGGCAUGCGUGUGAGAUAUUCGGCAGGGAGAAUCGCAGAGCGGCAAUGGGCGUUCACACCGUGAAACGUGGCGGUUGGGGUGGGUUACGUUGCGUGUGGCCCACCAUUAAAAUUCGAUGAUAAUUCAUUGGCGUUUCGUGUGUUGACUGUGGCCGUUGAAAGUUUUCAUUGUUUUUCCAUUGAUGAUGGUCUAUUUAGAGAGAUGGGUUGUAUUAAGUCCUUCUAUCUCCUUUGCCAUGUCAGGAAACCACAGAUCUCAUGCCCAACUUUUGGUGCUCCUUUGAUUUGAUGAUUUGUGUUCUUUGUAUGGUAAAAGGAUGGUUGGAUUUAUGCCUUUCAUAAUUAAGAUUAUAAACACUAGAAAAUGAAUUCUGUUAUAAACAA